AUGGUUGAUUCACGUGAAAGCGAAGAUGCUGGUGAGAGUCCACUGGAGAACUACACUCCAAACAGACCAACUCUAGACAAGUUCAAGAAGAACCCCUUGGUGCCCGCCGGCGCCCUCCUUACUGCUAUAGUGCUUGCCGGUGGAAUUACUGCUUUCCAGAGGGGAAACGUUAUCUGGAGUCAAAGGAUGAUGCGGGCACGUGUUGCAGCGCAAGGCGCGACGUUGCUCAUUUUGGCUGCUUCAGUGGGCGCGUUCAGAGGGGGGCCCUCCCCGCAGUCGACGAAGUGA